UCAUCUGAAUUUCAUUUGAGGCUGAGACUGAGUUUUCGUAUUCCGGCUUUUAAGCCUAAGGGAGUGCGUUAGACUCUGUUUUUAAGAGUGUGAAGGACAGGAUAGAGGAACAUCACGACACACCCAAUACCCAUAUCUUCAAAAACCUAAAGAACCAAUAAAAAAAGAUGGCAGAAGGUGAGGAUAUCCAGCCCCUCGUGUGUGACAAUGGAACUGGAAUGGUCAAGGCUGGAUUCGCUGGAGAUGAUGCUCCAAGAGCUGUGUUUCCUAGCAUUGUUGGACGCCCCCGUCACACCGGAGUGAUGGUUGGCAUGGGCCAGAAGGAUGCUUAUGUUGGAGAUGAGGCUCAAUCGAAGAGAGGUAUUUUGACUCUGAAGUACCCUAUUGAACAUGGAAUUGUCAACAACUGGGAUGACAUGGAGAAAAUAUGGCAUCAUACUUUCUACAAUGAACUUCGUGUGGCUCCAGAGGAGCACCCAAUACUCCUUACAGAAGCUCCUCUUAACCCCAAGGCUAAUCGUGAGAAAAUGACACAAAUCAUGUUCGAAACAUUCAAUGCCCCUGCCAUGUAUGUUGCUAUUCAGGCCGUCCUUUCCCUCUACGCCAGUGGUCGUACAACUGGUAUUGUUUUGGAUUCUGGGGAUGGUGUCAGCCACACGGUUCCAAUCUAUGAAGGUUAUGCCCUGCCACAUGCAAUCCUGCGUCUUGAUUUGGCAGGACGUGAUCUCACAGACCAUCUCAUGAAGAUUCUGACUGAGAGAGGUUAUUCUUUCACCACUUCUGCGGAGCGGGAAAUUGUGAGGGAUAUGAAGGAAAAGCUAUCAUACAUUGCUCUUGACUACGAGCAAGAGCUUGAAGCAUCAAAGACGAGCUCAUCUGUGGAAAAGAGCUACGAGCUGCCCGAUGGACAGGUGAUCACUAUUGGUGCUGAGCGAUUCCGCUGCCCAGAGGUUCUCUUCCAGCCAUCCAUAAUCGGGAUGGAAGCUGCUGGCAUUCACGAGACAACAUACAAUUCUAUCAUGAAGUGCGACGUUGAUAUUAGGAAGGACCUGUACGGGAAUAUUGUCCUCAGUGGUGGUACCACAAUGUUUACAGGCAUUGCUGAUAGGAUGAGCAAGGAGAUCACGGCAUUGGCUCCAAGUAGUAUGAAGAUCAAGGUGGUUGCCCCGCCCGAGAGGAAGUACAGUGUUUGGAUAGGAGGGUCGAUUUUAGCCUCCCUCAGCACAUUCCAGCAGAUGUGGAUAGCAAAGGCAGAGUACGACGAGUCUGGCCCUUCGAUUGUCCACAGAAAAUGCUUCUAAGUGCAGCAUGCUGGGAACAUCGCUAGAGAAUUGUUAUAAAAACAUUUUGUCAGUUGAUUGCCAAUAACUCUGUUUCUUGCUUGUUUUGCUUUGUUUUGUUUUAUUUUUACUUCUAUUUUUAUUUGGUUUUCUUUUUACUUGUUACUCUGGUAUUUUGCUUAUGCUGGGUUUUAUUUAUUUAUUUUUGUUUUUUUCUUUCCUUUUUGAGAUUUUCAAGAUUUGAUAAGGUGGACUUGGGACCAUGUUUGUUCAUGCCAAAGAUUCAUUCUUAUUAUUAUUAGUAUUAUUUUAAAUUGGUAUCACCAUUGUAGAAGAGUUGUGAAUUUCUAAUGAUACUAUUAUUUGUGAUUUUGGAUCAA